AUGAGGAAUGAAGAUGAAUUUUUGAAAGCAAGCUUUUAUGUUUGUCCUGUGCCUGCUGCCUCCCUCAAUGCUGCUGGAGGUGUCCACCCACUCUCUACCACUAUGGAGACAUCCUCACACUACUGCCAUCUGCUGAGUGACUACAGGCUACCAUCUCUAGGCUACACUCAGGGAACUGGGAACAGCCAGCUACCCCAAAACAAAUAGGCUGAGCUGCUGGUCAUCAUCGAGGAGCUGGGGAAAGAGAUUAGACUCAUCUAUGCAGGGAGCAAGAGCACCAUGAAGAGACUAAAACAAGGCGCAGGUGUAGGUGGAAUCAUUGAAACGAGGAUUAUUUUCAGUUCCCCAUAUAGGGUGAUCUGGAGAGGAGAGCUUGAUCCAGCGAGACCAGAUAGAAUGUUCUAA